CACAGACGUGAUAAAUGACAACCUGUCCUGAUAUUUGUAUGGGUCUUUCUCCUCAUCCAAAGGUCUCCCUAGGCGGACUGAGCAAACGAGUCGACUCUAACAGAUCUACGCCUGUCCUCAGUCUACUUGCAGUCUGACGGCACUCACCAACAUCAAAGCUCGCCGCUCUUCCUCGCUGUCUCAUCCUUCUGCUCCUGUUAGAGUGGGGGAUGUCUGUUUUCUAACACCUCUCAGCCUGCUUAUCUACUAGAUUCAAACAACUGCCACCAACACUGGAAAUGGAGGACUAUGACGUUCGCUCGGCCGCCAGCAUCCUUGCCUCGGUGAAGGAGCAGGAGGCGCGCUUUGAGCAGCUGACCCGAGCCCUCGAGGAGGAGCGUCGCAAUGUCAACCUGCAGCUGGAGCGCGCCAACCUGCCUCCCAACCCCCCAACCAGCCAACCAAUCCCAUGGCAGCAGGUGGUGAUGCAGGAGCAGAGCCCCAGCAACGCCACAUCCCUGGGCAUGAUGCAGGAGCCCCAGGAGGUGGUGGAGGAGACGGUCACCAUAGAGGAGGACCCCGGCACCCCCACCUCCCACGUCUCCGUGGUCACCUCUGAUGACGGCACCACGCGGCGCACAGAAACAAAGGACAUGUCAUCAAACGUGAAGGUAACCAAAGUGGUGAAAACCAUCACUCGCCGGACCUACCACCCAGUGAUAGUGACUGACAACCUGUUUGUGGAGUCCAGGCCGGCCACACGGACCCCGACCCCGGUCUUCAUCUCCACCCCCAACCUGUCUGAGAGAGAGCCAGUGACCAAGAUGGUGAAGACGGUGACCACGCGGACGGUGCGUCAGGUGCCCCUCGGUCCUGACGGCUUGCCCCUCCCUGACGGCACCUCCCCACUCGGCAGCUACACCGACUCCAUCGACCGACGCUACAUGAAGAACGGAGGCGACCGCUUUAUCACCCCUCAGGCCACCUCCACCCUGACGCGCUCCUACAACAACUCCUACAACGACUCCUACGGCGAGGCCCCAGAGAGCCAGUACGUCCGCCACUACGGCCUGCACGACGGCUACGCCGACCUGACGGACAACUACGGCAGUCUGUCGCGCGGCGUCAACUUCCGGCCGCCGCGCUACCCCUACAUACCCAACAGUUACCGGCCGGAGAACAGCUACACGCUCCCGAUACGUAAGGACGACUACGGCCACGUCGCCCAGCCCCAGGUGCCUAUGGGUAGCAGCACCGUGGAUCUGAACCGCUCGCAGCCUGAGCGCUUCCAGCCCGAGCCGUACGGCCUGGAGGACGAUCGCCGCAGCCUGGGGCCGGAGGAGGAGGAACCUUAUGAGCUGGAGCCAGAUUACUCGACUGCCAACCGGCGCACCCUGCAGGGGGCCAACCGGGGUCGCACCCACCGGGAACCUCUCCGCGACGGGCCCAGAGUCAGAGGGUACGCAGAUGACCCUGUUGAGGCCGAGCUGAUCGAUGAGCGCCACCCGUACAUCCACGGCAUGUAUUCGGCGCCGCUCGCUCAGCCGGAGAGGGGCAGCAUGGCCAGUCUGGACCGCAUGGGAGGCCGGCGCUCACCUUCCAUCGACAGCAUCCGCAAGGACCCCCGCUGGCGCGAUCCGGACCUUCCCGAGGUCAUCGCCAUGCUCGGGCACCCCAUCGACCCGGUCAAGUCCAACGCCGCCGCCUACCUGCAGCACCUGUGCUACGAGAAUGACAAGAUCAAGAAGGAUGUGCGUCAGCUGAAGGGGAUUCCUGUUCUGGUCAGUUUGCUGGACCACCCCAAAUCUGAGGUCCACCGAAAGGCCUGCGGCGCCCUGCGCAACAUCUCCUAUGGCAAAGACAACGACAACAAGGUGGCCAUCAAGAACUGCGACGGCAUCCCGGGCCUCGUCCGCCUGCUGAGGAAGACUAAUGACAUGGAAGUACGAGAGCUCAUCACCGGGACUCUGUGGAAUCUGUCGUCCUACGAGCCCCUGAAGAUGGUGAUCAUCAACCACGGCCUGCAGACCCUGACCAACGAGGUCAUCAUCCCACACUCGGGCUGGGAGUACGAGCCCAACGAGGACUCCAAGCCCCGCGACGCCGAGUGGACCACAGUCUUCAAGAACACUGGAUGCCUCAGAAAUGUGAGCUCAGAUGGAGCUGAGGCUCGACGCAGACUGAGGGAAUGUGAGGGACUGGUGGACGCUCUGCUGCACGCUCUCCAAUCAGCUGUAGGGAAGAAAGACAUGGACAACAAGUCGGUGGAGAACUGUGUUUGUAUCAUGAGGAACCUGUCCUACCACGUCCACAAAGAGGUGCCAGGGGCCGAGAAGUUCCUGGAUCCCUCGUCGCUCCAGGCCCCCGGAUCAGCAGGACCACAGAGGAAGAAGAAAGACGACGCAGGCUGCUUCGGAGGCAAGAAGGCCAAAGGAAAAAAAAACGGUGAGAGCGACAAAAACUACGACACACUGGAUCUGCCUAAGCGCGCAGAGCCGACAAAAGGCUUCGAGCUGCUGUAUCAGCCUGAAGUCGUGCGGCUCUACCUUUCUCUGCUGACUGAGAGCCAGAACUUCAACACCCUGGAGGCUGCUGCGGGGGCUCUUCAGAACCUCAGCGCUGGACAGUGGACUUGGUCCAACUACAUCCGAGCCACGGUGCGUAAAGAGAAAGGUCUUCCCAUCCUGGUGGAGCUGCUGCGCUCCGACUCUGACAAGGUGGUCCGAGCCGUGGCCAUCGCCCUGCGCAACCUGUCCAUCGACCGCCGCAACAAGGACCUCAUUGGAAGUUACGCCAUGCGGGACUUGGUGAGCAACUUACCCAGCGGUCAGCAGCGACCCGCCAAAAACCUAGAGGAGGACACGGUGGUCGCCAUCCUCAACACUAUCCACGAGAUCGUCACCGACAGCUCAGAAAACGCCCGCUCCCUCAUCCAGGCGCAGGCCAUCGAGAAGCUGGUCGCCAUCAACAGGACCAGCCAAUCAGCUCGUGAAACGAAGGCGGCGUCCCACGUGCUGCAGACGGUCUGGAGCUAUAAGGACCUGAGGAAUGCUUUGACCAAGGAUGGCUGGAACAAGAGCCACUUCCAGCCCACAGUGACAGUCACCCCGAAAGCUACAAAGAAUGGCAAGCCUGGCUAUGACGACACCACUCUGCCCCUGAUGGAGAAAAACCAAGACGCCUACCCCACCAUUGACCAGAGGGACAAGGACUGCAAGUACAAGGCAGUCGACGGCUCAGUGGACCUGACAGACCGGGAACCACUGAAGAAUGACACAAAUAGGAAACACUAUAUCAGGAGUAACAGGCCUGCGGUCAGUCUGGUGGACGCUUGUGAUGUAAAGCCCCAGCCUGUUGACUCCUGGGUCUAAAUGCAUGCAUGGCUUAAAAAGACGACGCUGCAGCUAGAAGAGGAUCUCUCAAAUCACCACUGCCAUUUCACUCAUCUUUGGAGUUGGACUUUGUACAGAAAAGAGGAUUUAAAAAAAAUUAAAAAAUAAUGAUCAUAACAGCGACUACCCAGCAGCAGCCAGCACUCUCAUGCUUUUCACGGUUUUUGUAAAAAAAGAAAGAAUAAAAAAGAGACUACUCCUGCUACUUUCUCAUAUCGACAUUCCCACUGGACAUGAUGUGAAUUUAACCGCGUUGACUCUUGUUGAGCUCUCACAGUGAAGACGAACGGGCCGAGGCCGGUGCUUAUGAUGGAGAAAUGGAUUAAUGAAGUCGAACAAAGCGAGGUAAAGGAAGUAAAAAGAAAAGGAACGUGUGUGUUGGAAGGAAACGGAGAAGAGAAAAUGUGAUUUUUCUUUGAUUUGGGUUUUCACAUGUGGAAAAAGUUCAUGCAUCAAUUUUGUGGUUUUUGAAGAAUUUAACUUUCAGUUUGUUCUCAAGCUUUGGUGUUUUGAUGUAACAGGUGUGGACAGGUGUGUUUGAAAGCCAUUGGAUGUUUUUUUUUUUUAAAGAUGGUUGGGAUGGAAAUGAAGAAAAGAAGGGAGAGAAACCGAGCCUGAGAAGAGCUGUAGCAUAGUGAACAAGCAGCUGCUCUAACAGACUUAUCCAUUUCGGUUCACUGUGUUUUAUGAGACGAGAAGAAAAAAGAAAGACGUGCACUGAAGAUGCUUUGAAAUCAAAAGUGAGUGACGUUCAUUUUGUAUAAAAGUGAGGAGUCUGCAAGUCGUGGUUUGGAGAUUUGAAAGUGACACGGUGUGUGUGCAUCAGAUGGGGAAACAGUUUCUGUUCACGCUGCAUCGUAAAGAAGGAAGCUGAUAUAACAACAAGCGAGCAGGAGCUGUGGUUAUUUCUGUAACCACAAAUAGAGGAAGUGUUGAGCUGCAGUUUCACAAGUUUUCUUGGCUGGUUGCUUUUUGUCAAUGCUGUGUAUUAAAGAGGAUAUAAGGCAUUUGUUUAUAAAUGAUUUGUGAUUUUGAAAAAGUGAGGCGGGAAGAUCUGAAAGCGUUCCUUUUUUAUUUUUGUUGGGUUUUAUAUAAAUGUAUAUUAGGGUCAAAAGGAGAAAAAAAGGCGGGAAAACGAAGGAAAACAAACGAGAAAAAUUACCGACUUCUUAGUUGUAUAUUCAAACCACAUUGUUUGGGAAGCACAUCUCAUUUGAUAACAGGCUCGCCGUGUUUUUAGACAAGAAAUAACCACCUAACUUCAAUGUGUGUCGAAUACUGUCUUGUUAUACCGACGAUCACUUAUUUAUAUUUUGUAUUUGUCAAAAAACGGUUACAGAAAAAAAAAGGUUUCCCUUCAGCGUUCUUGGAUUAAAUGUUAUCUGACGAGAAGAGUCAGUGGCGUGGAGAAGAGGCGACCCAUAAAGCGUUUCUUCCUGAUGCAUUCAGACCGAGUUAACCCUUCACAGGUGCAUCUUAAAGAGGAAUCUACGACGUCGUGAGCAUGCCAGGAAAAAACUGAUGUACAGAUGUUUAUAUUUUGUUCUUUUCCAAGUGCCAGUUUUUUUGUGGUGUCAUUUGGAUAUUAACUAAUUCAUUCACAUGGAGUUCAUGAGGAAGCGAGAACGGGCGUGGUCGUGUCUUCGGAGGGUUUAAAUACAAAAUGUAAAGAGUUGCAUCACACUGUACAAAAAAAAAACACACAUCAAGUCAAGUGGUCAUAUAGUAUAUAUUUUUACAACGCUUUAGGGGAUGUGUGGAUGUAUAAAAGCAGAGGGAUACGGAAUCAUAUUGCCAUUUUUCUCCUGAUUCACAUCAUGGAGAACGAGACGCCAAUCCCACAUUGGCGCAUCACUCACGCGUCAUCAAAGGCGAACGGCAUGUGCCUGCAUUGAAGUCUGAUUUUUCUUCGUGACGUACGUGACUUUAUAAAGCUUGCAUAUUUUACACAGUGUUUACAAAAAGGUGUACGUUGUGGUAAAAAUCAAUAAACGACAAAAAAAACUUACUGUAUACAUUUUAAUUUCAGAGGUUUAAAAGAAAAAAAAACAGAAGAGGAAAAAAAAAAGUUAUAAUAAUACCCAGCAUCCCUUUUGUGUGUCCUCAGAAGUGUGUGCUCUCAUUGGACAAUACUGAACCCCCUUUUUUUUUGACAAAGACCCACAUGACUGUCUAUUCCUGACUGCGCUCUGCAGCAACUCAACCAAAGGAUCUGGAGUUGUAUUUCACACGCGCUCGUAGAAGGGUUUUUACAGUUCUGUGGAUGUGCAGCACGUUGCACAUUUGACAAACCAAGAGAGCCAAGUUACUGUGCUGUAAAGUGAACGGCCCGACACGGACACACAACGUAUCAAACGAACCUACCUGUGUAGAUAAGACCGAUUGAAGACCGUCAACAUUAAAGUAACUGUACUACUCAGUAGCAGAUGUGUUUGUACCUAUCAUGUGCCUUAACCUUUUCCAUGCUAGAUAAAGAUAAGUGUGUUUUAUAUAACUUUAUUCCUCCCUUUCCACUCGCGUCUCUCCAUCCUGCCCGUUCACCUCCGCCCCCUUUUCUCCUCCCGUGCCCGCCCCCCCUUUUCUCUCUCCACUUAACUCAUUCAUUCAUCCUGCAUCUACCCCCAAACCCCACACUACCUUCCCUGCCCCCUCAAACCCUAAGUAGUUUAGACUGUUGGUGGGUUUCUGCCUUGUAUUACGUUGUAUUAUAAACUUUGAACAAAAAAAGUAUAGAGUCAGUGGAAGAAGCGGUUUUGAUUUUCCUAGACGAGUAAAGUUGUUAAUGCUUUCGUAGCGAGCAGAAGCGAUGCCGCAGUGACAGAAUGUAUUAUGUUAAUUUUACUAAUACCCAGAGGCAAAUAUUACGCUUGUUAAACAUAACGGAAAAAUACUGGUUUGUAGAGUUUAAAUUUGGUGUGUUUUCAAUAAAUCAUGCCUGGAAAGAA